AUGAAGUUCACUUCGUUCAUCUUGACUUCGCUUCUUGCGACUGUCACCCUAGCCGACCUAGCCUCGGUGGAUAAACGCAAUGAUGAGGACACAAUUGCAGAUGUGUCCUCCGAGAACAAUAUUCGUCGGGGCGAAGAUAUCAGCGCCUUUGUUCCCGAUCUCCACCGCAAGGAUACCGUCAGCUCCAGCGAAAAUGCUGGCGAUCUUACCGUCUCUGAGACCAGUGACGCAUCUGAGCCUGCGGAAUUAGCCGCCAGAGAUGCCACCGAGGGUAGGGUUGACUUCCUCCGAAAAUAUCAAGAAAUAUCGGCUGAGCUAACCUGUUUCACAGACAAUGGGGUUUCUGCCCAGGACGCAGAGGAGGCCCAGGAGGAGCUCGAAACAAGACAGAAUCAAGGCAAGAAGAAGAACAGGGGCAAGAAGAAGAACCGGGGCAAGAAGAAGAACCGAGGCAAGAAGAAGAACAGGGGAAAGAAGAAGAACAGGGGAAAGAAGAAGAAUAAUGGGAAGAAGACCACUGCUGGGAAGAAGACGACUACCGGGAAGACGACAACCGGGAAGAAGGCCACAACCUCUGCGGCUCGCGCAACCACGACUGGAGUUGCAGCAACCCGCCCGUCAACUUUCUCUACCCGGGUCGCCACGACCAGAACCUAA